AACCAUGAACUGUCACUAUGAAUAAAAUUAUAUAAUAACCUCAAACACAUAAAAUUUAUUUAAUAUACCUAGAUAUUAUAAUAUAUACUUAAAAAUGUCGUACCGAUCGAUAAUUCGGUGUUUCUCACUACAUAAGAUAUUAUCCCAAAGACAACCUGGAAUCACUUUCAGAGCUGGAAAACAUUCAACUCCACCAUCUAAAGGGGGUGCGGCUGCUCCAUCUCCAUUACCUAAGAGUGCUGCACCAUCUACUAAAGUAGUUCAAGCAGGUCCAGUUAUUGAAGAUUAUAUGUUACCUGCUCGAUAUCGUCGAGCACUUAUUAGUGAAGAUGAAAUUGAAUACAUCAAUCGAGGUGGUCCCGCUUAAUUUGUGUUCUUGAAACGAGUGAAAUUAUUGAUUUCAGAUAGUAUUACCAAUAUGUUUUGUUGCUUGAUGUUAUGAUAUGAGAUUUUAUUUAUUGAAAUAAAUUUACGGUAAAAGUA